GGCACGGAGGUGGGGGGGGGGGUCCUUUCCUCACAUCAUCUUACAAAUGCGGUGCGGCCUUUGAAGAAACUCCCCGAGGAAGCUCGUGGUAACCGGAAGGCUUUUUGCACAGCGUGAGAAGCGGCUGAAUGGGAGGAAAGCCCGGCCCUUAUCUCUCAGCGAAGAGACACGAGCGCCAGAUUUCUUAGAGGGAAACGCUCCCGCUUCGCAGGAGAAAGUUGUGUGCGGGCCUGAGGGGGGGACGGGAGCGGGGGAGGCGCGUGCCCAGCGCGGUCACCGUCCCCCGGCGUGGUGAAAAGGGACGCGCCUGCGGUGGCGAGGGGCGAGACUCGCGCGUGGGGGAAGGCGGAAAGGCAGCUGGGACGCGUGGGAGGGAAAAGAAAACCCUUUUCGCAGGUGAGAGGAGCGAGGAGAAAGAAGCGGGAAACGACGCGCGACCCUGUGAGGGAAGGAGGCCAGGCGAGUUCGUCGGCGUUCGCCCGCGGGGUUCUUGGUGCCUUCGUGAGACGAAACGCGCCUCCCGCUGAGCCCCCUCAGGGGCAGUUUUGUGACUUCAAGCGCUUUGUGACUUCACUCGCCGGGCGGCUGACCCCGGUCCUCCUGCGGCCGCGCAGCCCCUCCGCCUCCAUGCCCAGCGCCGGCGAGCGGCAGCCGCUGAUCCCCAACGGGACCCGCGGGCGAUGUGGGAGGAUGCCCUGGUCCUUCACGCAGGGAGUGGCCUUCGUCCCGACGCUCUUGGUCUGCUGGUCUUCGGCCGCCUUCAUCAUCUCCUACGUGAUCGCCGUGCUGUGCGGCCAUGUGGAGCCGCUGUUCCCCUAUAUCAGUGACACAGGAGCAAAACCUCCAGAAAGUGGUAUCUUUGGGUUUAUGAUUAAUGUUUCUGCAUUUCUGGGUGCAGCUACAAUGUAUACAAGAUAUUUAAUUAUAAAGAAGCAAAAUGAAGUGACAAAUUUCAUUGCACCUUAUUUCAAUAUCAUUACAUUAAUUAUUGGUGUGGUGGGUUGUGUUGGAAUGGGCGUUGUUGCAAGUUUUCAGGAGCUAGCUGUACCUGCUGUCCAUGAUGGAGGAGCCCUUGUGGCUUUUGUCUGUGGCGUUGUAUACAUUGUCUUUCAGACUAUUAUAUCUUACAAGUCACGUCCUGAGUGGAGCACUCCAUGCAUAUGUUACAUAAGACUGGCCCUUUCAAUAAUGUCCUUCAUAGCUGCCAUUCCCAUGAUUGUAUGUGCUUCGGUAAUUUCCAUAACAAAAAUAGAUUGGAAUCCAGGUGAAAAGGAUUAUAUGUAUCAUUUUGUGAGUGCAGUCUGUGAAUGGAUAGUAGCCUUUGGUUUUGUUUUCUACUUCUUAACAUUCAUCAAGGAGUUUCAGAGAGUUACCGUAAGGAUAUCAACAGAAAUGCAUGAAAACUUUUGAUUACAUUUUAUCUAUUAGGAUCAUAGAAGCUCCUACUGGGGAGCCAGUAAACAGUUGCAGAAAAAAAGGAGUGGUCAAAGCUGAUGUAACACAGGCCUGGCGUAUCGAUGCUGCAGUUUGCACAUUCAUAAUCAAGGCAGAAUGUCUUUCAAAUUUUACACAUAGUUCCCCCUCCCCCUUUGAUCAGUAUUAUAAAACUGUUUUUUAAAAUCUUUUUAAAUACCUUUUUAAAUACCUUGUAUCUUUUAAAAUACCUUUCGAUGUUUUAUUUUUAAAAGAUAUCCACUGAAAGCAAACAACUCAGAAAAGCUGAAAUGAUGUUUGUCUUAUUUUUGAUAAAUAGAGAUGCUUUAACGUGGUACUCUUGAUUGGGAGUAAGUCCUGUUCAACAUGGUGGGGGCUAGCUUCUAAUGAAACAUCAUUAUUAUCUAAAUACUAUUCCUAAAAUACUAUUAAAAUGAAAAAAUUUGAAUAUAUGCUUUUGUAUGAUAUGAAACAAAUCAUCCCCAAUCUGAGAAAUAUAUAGUUGCACAUAAAUUCCUCUUCAAAAUAAGGCACAUUUAUUGUGACUAACUUGACCUGCUGAUUUCAAUGGGAUGCACAGCCCAAUCUUAGAUGUGUUUAGUCAGAAGCAACUGAGUUCAAUGGGACUUACUCCCAGAGAAGUAUGCAUAGGAUUGCAGUCUCUGUUAAGCUUGAUUAACUUUCUUUGGACAGUGGCCCAAAUCUGUGCCUUUUGCUAUAAUGAUACAGACUUGGAGAACUCCAGGCAUUUCAGCACUUUCAUUAUCCUUUUUUAUAUUAAAUAAAAUACACGUUUUAUAAAUGCUGUAAAUAGAUUCAUGGAUUU